AUGUCUGUGUCUCCCAGGUCAUUGAUACUGCGAGGCCUGUCGAAAGGCGGGCAGCUCAAGCGCACAGAGGAACUGUUCCUGCUCAGGUAUUCUUUAUAUCCCUGGGCCUCACACAGAGGCAUGUCUUCUCUCCUGUCUCUCUCGCCAGCGUCCUCGAGUGUGUCAGAAAAGUGGUGGUCGGCCACAAGUAAGGCCAACCGGAACGGCACUGCGCACAUUGAUAUGGGUCGCCUGUACGGUGAUGCAGGCGGAAUGAGGAGCGUUUCGUGACGGACGGUGUCGUGUAUAUCCUCCUGGACAUGCUAGAGGUGAACUGACGUCUCCAUUUUCCAUUGUUCGCUGUUGAAUCGAUUGCCGCCUCUCUGAGCAGUCGUCUCUGAACAACCAGUCGGCCGUAUGCGACAUGCUAUUGCGGACCCUGGCGGACGUAAUCGCUACCAAGUAUGUGUAUUUUCGCACACAAAUACGCGUCUCAUAAAAAUGCCACGCUUCACUUGUCUUUUUGAUGUGUCAGUGAGGACUGCGCUCUUCAGUUUGUUCAGUGGAACUCAGCCACUAUCCACUCGCCGCGUGGGGCCGUGCAGAUGCUGCUCGAGACCGUGCGCAAGAUGGGCGAAAGGCCUGCAGUCGAAAGCCCCCUUAUGGCCAAUGUUUACGCUGUCUGCGGUAAGCGCAGAGUGUUUGGACACAAAGCGCAUCAACAAUUGUUUCCUUUACUUUUGGCAGAGACGCUCACGAGCGGGUUCGAGUCCUUUGACAAGGUUGUGGAAUUGGAGGGCGACAAAGACAUGAACAUGGUCAAAUCGUACACCGACCAAUGGUAAUCCACCCAAUGGUCUCUUUGCUCUUCCUUGUGUUGGAAGCUCUCGACGUGGCUGUUUUGUUGGUAGGAGCGUUGACGCGUGGACGGAUGUUGAGAGGUUGUGUGACCCAUUUAUGACCUCCAUGGACAGGCAGUGGCUGACAGAACAAAGAGGGGCGCUGCAAAUGAGGGUGCAUGCUUGAUCGACUCGGCAUAAAAAUAUGUAUGCGGCACAAGAUGUGUAAGUGUACGUAUAAAUCAUGG